AUGAAUCUAACUCGUGUAGUAGCUAUCACGGGAUGCGAUAGUGGUUUAGGAUACGCGUUAGCUACUCGCGUAGCCCGCGAAGGCAUGGUGACAGUCGCUGGAAUGUUGAAUGGGGUGGAUUCUAAAGCGGCUAAGUCUUUAGAGAAAUUAAAGGUUCAUUCGUGUGCUCUGGAUGUGACGAGUGUGGACAGUGUUGCUGGGUUUAAGGAGUAUGUGAACGGGUUGUUGAGAGAUAACCCUAAUUACAGCCUAUACGCCGUUGUCAACAAUGCCGGGGUCAUGACUAUAGGCGACUACGAAUGGCAGACUCCUACCAUGAUAGAAAACGCAGUUAACGUAAACCUACUUGGUGCUAUGAGGGUGGUCUCCGCUUUCCUACCGCAACUGAGGACGACCUCACAGGACGGAUUAAAACCGCGGAUAAUCAACGUGGCGAGUCACUGCGGUAUACAACCUCUACCAGGCUUCGCUCCGUACAGUGCGAGCAAAGCUGGCCUACUGGCGUGGACGCGAGCGCUGCGUAUGGAGCUAAGGGACCAUGGGCUCACAGCUGUGGCCUUUGUACCAGGAGGUUUCGUUGGAUCUAGCAACAUACUGGCAGCACAAGCGAACUCCUGCAGCAAAAUGCUCGAACAUCUCGACCCCGACCAACGGAAACUUUUCGAAAAAAGAAUAACGGCCUUAAGUGACUACCUUCAGAGCGCAUGUCAAAAUUCGAACUACGAUUCGUUAAAAGAUAUAGAUAUAAUUGAGACAUUUGUAAAGGCGUUAACGGAUGAACAGCCUAGAUUUUUGUACAAGGUACAGUCAUGGAGAUAUGCGUUUUAUUACAGUUUGUUGAAAAUGCCGGUCCCUGAAGCGGCACAUCUUUGGUUGAUUAAGAAGUUCCUUAGUUUUCCAGAAGCUUAACGCAUUCUCUGCCAGCAACCCACUAUAGGCGGGUUC